GGGCACGGAGCUCUGCUCCUUCCGAAGCCUCCUGGCUCCUUAUCAGCCGUCGAUAAAAGCCGCGUGUGUUUGUACAGAGGUUUGACUGCUCACAGCUCGCAGCUGCCUCUUCUCCCUGGCUCAGCAGGGGGAAAGGCAGCCCCAGGGAAGAGGGGGAAUAUCCCUGCAAUACAAAACUCCCUCCCCGAGGGAUAAAUGGGCCUCCAGAACGCCAAACCCUACUCAGUGAAGCGGGCCAACAUCCUGAUACUGGGGCUGGACUGUGCGGGAAAAUCCACGCUGCUCUACAAGCUCAGGUAUGAAGAUGAUUUCCUAACAAUGCCCACGAUUGGCUUUAAUGUGGAUAUGAUCGAAGUAGGGAAGGCUUUUACACUGACAUUUUGGGAUGUUGGAGGACAGAAGAAAAUGAGAGAGCUCUGGAGCAAUUUCCUGGAGGACACCGACGGGCUGCUGUACGUGGUGGACAGCUCUGCCAAGCACCGGCUGGAGGAAUCCAGGAGGGAAUUCGAGCUCAUUUUAAAGCACGAAUCCUUAAAAAACGUGCCCGUGGUCGUGCUGGCGAACAAACAGGACUUGCCUGGAGCUCUGAACGCCGAGGAGAUCACCAGGAGGUUCAAGAUGAAGAAGUACUGCAGUGACAGGAACUGGUACGUGCAGCCCUGCUGUGCCAUCACGGGCCAAGGGCUGGCAGAGGCUCUCCAGAGAGUGGCCACCUUUGCCAGGCACUACAGCAAGUCCAAGGAGACUUUCACCACCCUGAAGGAGCUCAGUAGCUUUUAAGGAUUGCUAUCAUCCACUCCUGGUGACUCUUAAUAUAUUUUGUUGGACAGAUUAAAUCUGGAAAAACUGGAUUCUGGAGAACUUUUAUACAUAAAUAUUUAUAAAGGACUUUGAGAAUAUUAAAUUCUACUGUUAUACCUGCAGGUACUUGAUGUACCUGAUAGGAUAUCUCAUACCUGAGAUAGGACUCUGUAGCAUUUUAUUAUUUUUUUUUAUUACAUACUUGGGGUUAUUCAAGUCGAAUUCUGAGAAAGGGGCAGAGGAGUACAUGGAAAUAAAACAGGUGAGCAGUGUUUAAGUAGCUUAAAUCAAAUGAAGAUUCAAACCAAUUUUUUUCAAGACAUAAACCAGCCAGGUCAUUUGGUCAGCAAUGAUCAAAUGCUGUUUUGUAAGAAAAGCAACACGGAUUUGUUUCUCAUUCGAUAAGAGAGCGGGAUGAGAGCUUCAACUCUUAGUUAUGUUAAAUAACAGGAGAGUUUGGCUGUUUCUGCAUUCCAGGAACAAUUCCUGCAGGGAGGUGGUGAGGAGCAGGACGAGCUCCUGACCCAGCCCCAGACAGGGCCUGGCUCCAGGCUGUGACGUUCCCGUUGUCCCAGAUAUCCACGUGCUGCAGUUCCUGCACUGCUGGACUGCCCUCCUUCCAGGACUCAUCAGCCAGGGAAGAGCUAAAUCCUGAUGGGUUUUCCUUGAAUUCCCAGCCCUGGGCUCUGGAGAAGUUGGGGCAGGGGUCUUCUUGUGCUCACAGCCUUUUGUUCCAGGAUGAUAUCAAGUAUAGGUAGGUGGGAAGUAGGAAGUUUACAUUUCAUUCUUAUUAAUAAACAGACAGGAAUGUCAAGUUAUAAAAGGGUGAAGCAGCAAUAAAAUCAUCCAGACAUACCCUGUUGUCUCAUGCACGGGUUAUUCAAAGACCAAAAACAUCAUCAGGUGGAUUUGCUGAAAUAGUAAACAAAGGGAAAUUUCUCAACAGAAGCUAUUAUUAAUACUGAGACUAAUUAAUUACCAGGGGCUAAAUGCUGAGUCAUGCUGAGACUCCUGCUAAAAGCAGAACAAGUGUCUGGAUUUUUCAUUGCCUGCUCUGAUGGUUUGGGCUCAAUAGAAAAUAUCAUCUUCUGUCCCUAAAAAGAUCUUUAAAAGUCAUUAAUGUUGGUUUUCCAAACCAAACAAUUCAAUGUUUAAAAAUGUGAUCUUUCAUAUCAAUGCAUUUAUAAACGUUUGCAUGUGUCUGCUAUAGGGUGAAUUGUUUUAAUCCAAUCAUGUGUCUGUUACAAAGCAAAAUUUAGUUCUGUGGCCUCAGGACUUCCUCAGGGAGAAACAUUCCUGAGAGAUUUAAUGAGGGUUCACCAGGGUCUCUAAUUAGCCAAGAAGCAAGUUCUGAAGGGAGAAAUAAAGUGCUAAAAUAGACCAGAUCAUGCAGUGAAAAAUGAGAAUAAGCUCUCAGGCACACAGGCCCUUCUGCAGGUUAUCAAAUUACACUAAAUGACACUCACAUCAACUUGAAGAAAUGUUUUACAUUAUGCUUCAAAGGAAAGGAAUAAACUCAAUUCCAUUCACUUUA